UGUUCUUCGCACGCCAGCAAUUUUUUACUUUUCCCCUCUCGCUCUCCCUCCGCACUGCAGCCAUGUACCGUCUCCCUCUCCUCGUCCUCUUCUCCGUCGUCGUCGCCGCGGCGACGGUCGGGAUCGCUCCGGCGGAGCCCGACGGCGAGCGCGGCGAUCCUCUGAUCAGGCAGGUCGUGUCGUCCGGCGGCGAGGGCGGGAGCGAGGACGGCGACGUCCUGGUCCUCGGCGCGGAGCGCCACUUCUCCGACUUCAAGCUCCGGUUCGGCAAGGCCUACGCCACGCAGGAGGAGCACGACCGCCGGUUCGGCUUCUUCAAGGCCAACCUCCGCCGCGCGGCGCUCCACCAGAGGCUCGACCCCUCCGCGGCGCACGGCGUCACCAAGUUCUCCGACCUCACCCCGGGGGAGUUCCGCCGGAAGUUCCUCGGCCUGAAGCGGCUCCGCCUCCCGGCCGACGCCAACAAGGCGCCGGUUCUGCCGACCGACGAUCUCCCGACGGAGUUCGACUGGCGCGAUCGCGGUGCCGUCACCGGCGUCAAAGACCAGGGGGCGUGUGGAUCGUGCUGGUCUUUUAGCACGACCGGGGCUCUGGAAGGAGCUCAUUUUCUGGCUACUGGAGAGCUUGUGAGCUUGAGUGAGCAGCAACUUGUGGACUGUGACCACGAGUGUGACCCUGAAGAAUACGAUGCAUGUGACUCGGGAUGCAGUGGCGGGCUGAUGACAACUGCCUUCGAGUACACCCUUAAAGUUGGUGGGCUAGAGCGAGAGGAAGACUAUCCUUACACUGGGACGGAUCGGGGCUCUUGCAACUUUGACAAGAGCAAGAUUGCCGCAUCAGUUUCUAACUUUAGUGUUAUUUCCCUGGAUGAGGAACAGAUUGCAGCAAAUCUUGUCAAGAACGGUCCCCUGGCUGUCGGGAUCAAUGCAGCGUAUAUGCAGACAUACAUAGGAGGAGUGUCGUGCCCAUAUAUUUGCGGGAAGCAUCUCGAUCAUGGGGUGCUCUUGGUUGGGUAUGGAUCUGCCGGUUACGCUCCCAUCCGGUUCAAAGAGAAGCCAUACUGGAUAAUUAAGAACUCAUGGGGAGAGAACUGGGGAGAGAAUGGAUACUACAAGAUCUGCAGGGGCCGUAAUAUUUGCGGUGUCGACUCAAUGGUGUCGACUGUGGCUGCUAUUCACACCACAGCUCAUUAGAUCAUGGAGUUACGAGAAAUUCUGUGCCAGGCAUCACAUAAUUUCUCCUUCAUGAUCCCAGCCAGGUGAGCGUGUUAUGGUAUUGCUUUAGGUGUCGUAGCUUUUGAAGACAUUGGACACGCAGUUGAAGAAUAUGAAAUGCUACUGCUGUUGUAUCUGUAAAUUAUAAGACGAUACCGCAACCGUGGUUACUGCUGGCUUCUGUAUGCUAACUUCAUAUGAUUAUAUGCGUGGCCAAAAACUCAAAUCAUAAUGUAUCUCUGUGUGCUCCUAAAUUCAGCUGGAUUCUUAUCA